UGAAAACUGCCUCCGAGCGGUCCUGGAGUUAGUCCGAAGGCGCCAAAACUCGAAUGUGCUGAAAGUACACAGUUUUCCCGUCAUUUUGAUACUAAAUAUGCCAUGGUUUCUUCGAUGUUCGCUUAGCAAGAGACAGUAGAGGAAAUAGUAAAAGAAAAGGUAAGGUUUAUUUGUCGUUUCUAUCGUAUUUUUGGCUAGGAUAGUUUUUUAAGUUUCUCUACUUAUCCGAGAAUUUGUGCUACGAACCGAAACUUCAAAGCCUUGACAAAAGCUCUAUGAUUUUUGUUUUCCUAAUUUUGCCUUCUUUCCUUAGUUUUUUAUGAGUUAAUUUCUAGGAUGCCGCACACAAAGAACACGCGCUUUAACUUGGCUCAAUUCAUGAAAGCUCGCAAGGUUGCAAGGGAGAAAGCUGUUGAUGAAAAUCGCAAGCUAUCGGCAGAGUACAAAAAAGUCCAGCGAGCCCAAGAAAAGUUGGCCACAGUCAGGGAACACUUCAAAGACAUAACAAAUGAAUUAGAAAAUAUUCCUUCACAGGGACAGGUAUCUCAGGCACGAACAAGAAGCCCUACUGCACUUGUCAAUGGAGAAUCAACACUGGGACCAAGGACCGCAAGGAAAAGGAGGCAUGAAACCAUUGAAGCUGCUGCCAAAAUUCAUGGGAGCUCAAAUGAACAUUCCUCAGCCUGUUUCGAGGGAAUGUUUGACACUCUGCAAAAGAGAUGCAAGUUAGAUAAGUUAACAAAAUAUGUGACAGAGAACAAGCAGUUGACCAAUAGAAUAGUUUGUAAAGAGUAUAAGAAGAGUGUGUUAGAAUUUGAAAAGUCAGAUGACAACAUUGUUCGAAGUAUUGCAACAUAUUAUGCAAGUGGUGUAAUGGGGAAACGAAAGUACAAAAGUGUAAGACUGGUGCUUUCAAUGAAAUCAAAUAAAGGCAAACCAGGGAAAAGAACAAGUAUUUCAAUUUGUAAAGGCUGUAAGGUUCCAAAGCUUCUAACUUAUAGUAACCUUGUAGAACAGUUAAAAAAGAUUGACAUUGGGACUGUUCAUGAAAUUGACCCAGACUAUCUAGAGGGCUUAGAAACUGAAAACCAAGUCAAUGGUGCAUAUAGAGACUUGAGACAAUACCCACCACUUGCUGUGUCCUCUUAAUAAAUGUGAUGGUGAAAGGCGUUUCAGAAGUUAUGGAAACUUUUGAAGUUCCUUUUCUUGUUCCUUUACUCUGCUUAAUAAGGAAUUCUCGGACUGAGUCUCUGCUUAGCUCAGAUAACUGGGCAAAAUCUCGAAUCAGUCUGUUCUCUCUGUUAUAGUAGAUUAUAUCUGUGUGUUUUUCUUCGUUGUGCACAACACCAUAAGCGGAACGGGCCUU